CACUUCCUUCCAGGUUUUUCACCAUUUCCUCUCCUCCUCGUCACCCUUUCUCGUUCACUCGUUCCUGCCCCGUCCUGCAGCGGAGGGGCUGCCACGUGCUGGUCCUGGGCUCAGACCCCCCCACCAGCCCCCAGCCCCACCUGCAGCCACGAGGCUGGUGUUUGUGCGUCCGGCGCGUCUCCCGUCCCCUCUCUGCUCCGGACCCGUCCGCUGAGCCCCGGCCCGGGACCAGGGAGCCCAGACACCAUGGCGGUAUCGGGGGCCUGGCCCCAGCCGAAAAUCCGGCCUACGCUCCUGCUUCUCCUGGUAGCUGCAGCCUGUGCACAGGUGUCACUCGAAGAGAAGGAGACGGCCAGUGAGGAAAGCCGGCACAUCGGUACCAGUCCAGAAACUGCCUCGUCCUCUGCCGAAUUAGCCAGAAACAGCCCCGAGCCCUCUGCCGAAUUAGCCAGAAACAGCACCGAGCCCUCUGCCGAAUUAGCCAGAAACAGCACCGAGCCCUCUGCCGAAUUAGCCAGAAACAGCCCCGAGCCCUCUGCCGAAUUAGCCAGAAACAGCACCGAGCCCUCUACCGAAUUAGCCAGAAACAGCCCCGAGCCCUCUGCCGAAUUAGCCAGAAACAGCACCGAGCCCUCUGCCGAAUUAAGGCAUCCACAGCAGGAACCCACCGCCGCCCAGAUGCUGGCAAUGAAAGAUUCGGUUGGCUCAGUGUCUCCGUCUGGCCUUCCCUCUACGGAGGCGACCGUGGCCCCGAGAUCCGGCCUGGCCAGGGCGACGGCAGCGGGUGGCGAACAGCCCGUCACGGAUGAGAAGCUGAAGGGGCAGGCGGGCACGGUGGCAGGGAGCCCGGGUCCGGGGCAGGAGACUCAGACCGUGCCAGGCAGGGGCGGGCAGACCACGAGCGCCCCCAUGGAGCCCGCCAAGGGCACCGAUCGGAGCGGGCACAACCAGACCGCGCCAGCCAGCACCCAUCGGACCGGCCGCUACAGGGCCGCCCCAGACCACACCUCUGGGCCCUGGGAGAAGCAGCCCACCCCCAAACUCUCGCCCCCUGCCCUCUCCCUCACCCCGCCUGCCAAGAAACAGGAGCCCGUCCCCGAGGACAUCACAACCCCGGCCUCCAGCCCCGCCCCCGGCACCCGCCAGCUGCCCGUGAUCAUCAUUGUGGUGCUGCUGGUUGUCGCCAUCGUGGUGCUGGCCCUGCUCGGCCUGGCGCUGCACUGUCGGCGCCGGCGCCGCUGCGGCUCCACCAGCUUCAGCGGGGGGGCGGGGCCCGGCGAGUGGGCGGGGCCGGUGAGCCUGCCGGAGGAGAAGGGCGAGGGGCAGGCCGGGGACGGGGGGCAGCAGGCCGGGCUGGGCGAAGGCAGGCGGCCCACGCUGACCACCUUCUUCGGGAAGCGCCACUCCCGGGUGUCCUCGGUGGCCAUGGAGGACGUGGCCGGGGCCAAGGGCGAGGGGCCCCUCUCGGAGCCCCUGCUGGCCACGGGGGAGCAGGGGGGCGACCCCGCGCCGCAGGGGGCAGGGGAAGCCAACGGGACGGUGCCCGGACCCCCCUCGCCCCCUCCGGGCCCCCCCGCCAACGGGGAAUUCCCCCUGCCCCCUCCCAUGGAGCAGGAAGCCUUGCCCCCCGUGUAA